CCCGGGCGGGGGUGCGGGCUGCGCUGACGUCACCGGGCGCGCAAUUCGGGCUGGAGCUCUUUAAAACACGGGCGUGCGAGCGGAGAUGCUGCCCCACAGCGCCCAGGCCGCCUGCAGCAGCGAGCGCACCGCGCCUGCAGCGAUAGCUGCUCCGGAGGCCGGCGUGGCUACCCCGGGAGCCUCUGUCCCCGCGGCUCUCUCCUCGGUGCCCCUGCCGGGGACCAGGCUCGCGACACCCCGUGCCGCAGGCGCCAGCUAAGGCGCAGAAGCCCCAGAAGCGGCGCCCCGCGCUGUCCUCCGCCAGCGUCCGCCUCGCGGCCCCCGACUUCGGGCACCAUGGACACCUCCCGGCUCCGCGCGCUCCUGUCCUUGCCUGUCCUGCUGCAGCUGGCGGCUGGGGGCGGCUCGCCCAGGUACGGCGCGCUUCCGCGGGGCUGCCCCACACACUGUCACUGCGAGCCCGACGGCAGGAUGCUGCUCAGGGUGGACUGCUCCGACCUGGGGCUCUCCGAGCUGCCCUCCAACCUCAGCGUCUUCACCUCCUACCUAGACCUCAGCAUGAACAACAUCAGCCAUCUGCCCCCGAACCCACUGCCCAGCCUCCGCUUCCUCGAGGAGCUACGUCUUGCCGGAAACGCUCUGACGUACAUUCCCAAGGGAGCAUUCGCUGGCCUUCAUAGUCUUAAAGUUCUCAUGCUGCAGAAUAACCAGCUGAGACAGGUGCCCACAGAAGCUCUACAGAAUCUGGGAAGCCUUCAGUCCCUGCGUCUGGAUGCCAACCACAUCAGCUACGUGCCCCCCGGCUGCUUCACCGGCCUGCAUUCCCUGAGGCAUCUGUGGCUGGAUGACAACGCUUUGACAGAAAUCCCCUUCCAGGCUUUCAGAAGUUUAUCAGCAUUGCAGGCCAUGACCUUGGCCCUGAACAAAAUACACCACAUACCAGACUAUGCCUUUGGAAACCUCUCCAGCCUGGUCGUUCUACAUCUCCAUAACAAUAGAAUCCACUCCCUGGGAAAGAAAUGCUUUGAUGGGCUCCACAGCCUAGAGACUCUAGAUUUAAAUUACAAUAACCUUGAUGAAUUUCCCACUGCAAUUAGGACACUCUCCAACCUUAAAGAACUAGGAUUUCAUAGCAACAAUAUCAGAUCAAUACCUGAGAAAGCAUUUGUAGGCAACCCUUCUCUGAUCACAAUACAUUUCUAUGACAACCCUAUCCAGUUUGUUGGAAGAUCUGCUUUUCAACAUUUACCUGAACUGAGAACACUGGCUCUGAAUGGUGCUUCCCAAAUAACUGAAUUUCCUGAUCUAACUGGCACUGCAAACCUGGAGAGCUUGACCUUGACUGGGGCACAGAUCUCGUCUCUUCCUCAAACCUCCUGUGAUCAGCUACCUAAUCUCCAAGUGCUAGAUCUGUCUUACAACCUGUUGGAAGAUUUACCCAGUUUUUCACUCUGUCAAAAGCUUCAGAAAAUUGACCUACGACAUAAUGAAAUCUAUGAAAUCAAAGUGGACACGUUCCAGCGGUUGCCGAGUCUCCGAUCUCUGAAUUUAGCUUGGAACAAAAUUGUCAUUAUCCACCCCAAUGCAUUUUCCACUUUGCCGUCUCUAAUAAAGCUGGACCUAUCGUCCAACCUCCUGUCGUCUUUUCCUGUAACUGGGUUACAUGGUUUAACUCACUUAAAAUUAACAGGAAAUCAUGCCUUGCAGAGCUUGAUAUCAUCUGAAAACUUUCCAGAACUCAAAGUUAUAGAAAUGCCUUAUGCUUACCAGUGCUGUGCCUUUGGAGAGUGUGAGAAUGUCUACAAAGUUUCUAAUCAGUGGAAUAAAGUUGACAACAAGAGUAUGGACGACUUUCCUAAGAAAGAUACCGGAAUGUUUCAGGUUCAAGAUGAACGGGACCUUGAAGAUUUCCUGUUUGACUUUGAGGAAGACCUGAAAGCCCUUCAUUCGGUGCAGUGCUCGCCUUCCCCAGGCCCCUUCAAGCCCUGUGAACACCUGUUGGGAAGCUGGCUGAUCAGGAUCGGCGUAUGGACCGUCGCCGUGCUGGCGCUCACUUGCAACGCGCUGGUGUCGUCGGCGGUGUUCAGGACCCCGCUGUGCGUCUCCGCCGCGAAGCUGCUGGUCGGGACCAUAGCGGCGGCGAACCUGCUCGCGGGCGCCUCCAGCGCGGCGCUGGCGGCCGUGGACGCCGCCACCUUCGGCCGCUUUGCGCGACACGGGGCGCGGUGGGAGAACGGGGUCGGCUGCCGAGCCAUUGGGUUUUUGUCCAUUUUUGCUUCCGAAUCAUCUGUUUUCCUGCUUACUCUGGCAGCUCUGGAGCGUGGCUUCUCUGUGAAGUGUGCUGCAAAGUUUGAAACGAAAACUCCUUUUUCCAGCCUGAAAACAGCCAUUCUGCUGUGCGCCCUGCUGGCCCUGGCCACGGCCACAGCGCCCCUGCUGGGCGGCAGCGAGUACGGCGCCUCCCCGCUCUGCCUGCCCCUGCCCUUUGGGGAGCCCAGCACCACCGGCUACAUGGUCGCCCUUGUCCUGCUCAACUCCCUGUGCUUCCUCGUGAUGACCGUCGCCUACACCAGGCUCUACUGCAGUCUGGAAAAGGGGGAUCUGGAGAAUGUCUGGGACUGCCCCAUGGUGAAGCACUUCGCCCUGUUGCUCUUCACCAACUGUAUCCUUUACUGUCCUGUGGCUUUCCUGUCCUUCUCCUCUUUACUGAACCUCACGUUUAUCAGUCCUGAAGUUAUUAAGUUCAUCCUUCUGGUGAUUGUCCCACUUCCUGCAUGUCUCAAUCCCCUUCUCUACAUCCUGUUCAAUCCCCACUUUAAAGAGGAUCUGGGGAGCGUGGGAAAGCAAACGUACUUCUGGACGAGAUCCAAACACCCAAGUCUGAUGUCCAUUAACUCUGAUGAUGUGGAAAAACAGUCCUGUGACUCCACCCAGGCCUUGGUGACCUUUACCAGCGCCAGCAUAGCCUAUGACCUGCCUUCAAAUGCCAUGUCCCUGCCUGCUUAUCCAAUGACCGAAAGCUGCCAUCUGUCGUCUGUGGCAUUUGUCCCAUGUCACUAAUGUGUGAGAGAGAAAGUUUUCAAAAAGUGAAGAUCUGAAAAUGUGACACCGAAACCCGACUUGAAACUUAGUUUUAAAAACCAAAACAAAAAAAGACCUCUCCGUUAAUGUAAAAAAUCUGAAAACCUAUUGAUACUUGAGCGUAAAACAUGUCUAAAUGCUGCUUGUAUAAAUUUGUUUUAGCUAAGGGAUAGAUCUGUCACACUAUGUAGGUGAGCACAGAUCAAAAAAGCAGAUUGAAAUGUUCUUCAAAAAUGAUUCCCCAAGGGUUCAGAAAAAAAAAAAAAUGAUUCCCCAUGAUUUUACUUUCAUUGUUUUUAAAUUCACCAAUGCAGUAAUUUGGAGAUGGGAUAAGACCCCACUUGCUUCCAAAAUUAGUUUAUAUUUUAAGGUAAAAGAUGGUUGGCAGCAUAUGGGCUUUAAAUUGCUUCCCUUACCAAGGGAGGGCUAUGACCAUGCUCUACUUUUUCCUUUCCUCAGAAAGGAGCCUUGCAGGUCACCAACCACUUGGAUGAAUAAUGUGAGCCAUUAUUAACUCACUCACAUCCAGGUCAUUUUUAGAGACAUCAGGUUUUAUUUAUGAGCACUAAAUUCUUCUACCCUCUAUGGAAUUACAUGACUCACAAAUUUAUUUUAUUUUAUUUUUUUUUUUUUUUUUUGCAGGUUUUGGCUGGGGCAGGGUUUGAACCGGCCACCUCUGGCAUAUGGGGCCCGUGCCCUACUCCUUUGAGCCAUAGGCGCCACCCAGCUCACAAAUAUUUUGGAAGGAAAAUUGAAAUUCUUAAAUUGCUAUGAGGGCAAUCAGGUACAGGAGAAGUUCAUCUUGUCUAAUUCAUUUUUCACUCUUUGGUGGCCAAAGCUCAGAAGGAAAGUCUGUUGCUGGCAAUGGACAUACUUAAAAAGAUAGUAAACAACCUGGGACUUUUUUUUUUUCCCCUGAGUGAGUGCAAAUUAUUUUGCAAGAGAUUCUAUCAGUUGAUUCAAACCAAGGUGCAUCUUAAGAUAACAAUCAAAUACAGACACAGCAUAAAUUAAUUUCACUGGUGUAACUCCCCACACAUGUAUCUCUAGUAGGUCUAGUAAACCCAACCUCUGAAACCAUUUGGAUUCAACAGAGACUCAGUAACGUAUUAUCUUGUUUAUUUAGCUUGGUUUUAGCUGUGUUCUCUCUGGAUCAACCCACUUCAUGUCGAGAACAUUACUUCCCUGCUUAUUCCAUAUUAAUAUAAGUAUUUGGUAUUUUAAGAGUCAAAUUAUUAAAUAUUAAAAGUCAAAAUGUUAAUUCUUCACUUUUUUUAUCCUACAUUAGCUUCAACAUACUCAAGCCAAAUGGGUGUUUGUUAGAUAUAUUUUUAUAUAAGCAUGUUUAUUUUGAUCAAAUACAUGUAUGAGAUGUUUUAUAAGAUGUGUAAAUAUAGAAGUGUAUUUAUUACUAUAGUUAAGAUUCAGUAACAUUAACGACCAUGACAAUGAACCAUGAACAGUGGCGUGUUCUUCCAUCUCUACUGUAUUUCACUGCCCGUUCUCUUUGACAUCACUAACUGUGUAUAUGUAAUAUAUAGUACUUGUAAAUAGAGUCCAAAUUUGCUUUUCUAUUGGGUACAAAAUAAAUUUGUAAUAAAAUGU